CUCAAUCCAACGUCCUCAUCAUCACCGUCGUGUCAGCCAUGGCAGCGCAUCAACAAGUCGAGACGGAGUUCCCUCUGAUCGAUUCGGACCCUCACUUCAAGAGGGUCAUCUCCUACAUGAGGCCUAGCGACUAUGUAGCAUGGGGAAGCGCUACCGUAGGCUUCCCUUCGGCCCUCUAUCUCAUGGAGAUGUUUGACCCUACUCGUCCACCCCGUGGAGGAUUGAGGUCGGCCAUGAGGCUGGGUACCUUCCUUGGAGCAGCAGGUGGAUUCCUCUUUGCAUACCAGCGAUCUUCAUUGCGACUGUGGGGUUGGACCGAGAACGAGGCAGAGGUCAACAGGGCAAAGGAAGAGGCGCCCGACGCUUUCCCUUCGACUGGGAAGACGUCGAGCCUCGAGCCCUACAUGCAAGGUGUAGCUCACCGCAACUCGGUUUGGUCACAACUCAAGUUUGGUGUCAUGCCCUGGUUCAACCUCGUCGACCACCCGCAUCACGGUUCAGGGCCAAAGGACGAGUGAAAGGAGGUGCAACCAUGUUACGAGUACCAUGAUCGAUCGUAUAUUGAGCAGAAUAUAUGCUCUUUUCCCAGCU